AUGCCUCCCAAGUUAGACCCCAAUGAGGUGAAGAUCAUCCACCUUCGCGCCACUGGCGGUGAAGUGGGUGCUUCUGCGACCCUCGCUCCCAAGAUCGGUCCCCUCGGUCUGUCUCCCAAGAAGGUCGGUGAAGAUAUCGCGAAGGCGACUGGCGACUGGAAAGGUCUCCGCGUCACCGUCCGCUUGACCAUCCAGAACCGUCAAGCUGCCGUUUCGGUCGUCCCCUCUGCCUCUUCCCUGGUCAUCCGUGCUCUCAAGGAGCCUCCCCGGGACCGCAAGAAGGAGAAGAACAUCAAGCACUCCAAGUCCAUUCCUCUGGAUGAGAUCAUCGACAUCGCUCGCACGAUGCGUGAGGCCAACAAGUCGAUGGCUCGUGAGAUGAAGGGCACUGUUCUUGAGAUUCUCGGGACUGCCUUCUCCGUUGGCUGCCAGGUCGACGGCCGGAGUCCCAAGGAUAUCUCUGACGAUGUUAAGUCGGGCGAGAUUGACAGUAAGAUUCCUUGA